AUGCCCUCCACUCAGAUUGAAGGUCGUGUUCAUUUGACACGAGUUACUCUCGAGCCUGGGAUAGCUCCUGAUUCUAGUGAUCAGGAGUUACCAGUGAGGGAGCUUCAAGACUGGAAUACCUCCACACGAAUUUCAGCCGCCGAGAAUGUCGUACAAGCUUCCCGGCUUGCAGAUGAAAGUGCCCCCGAUGGUGGCUAUGGCUGGGUUAUAGUUGCAGCAUGCAGCUUGCUCACCUUCUGGUUUGUUGGCACAACAUACAGCUGGGGAGUCAUCCAGGAUGCACUUGUGGAAUCAAAGCUUUCCAAGGCCUCAACACUUGCCUUUAUCGGGUCUUUGGCGGUUGCAUGCAAUGCUGCCUUUGCUAUCAUCAAUGGACGUCUAGUCAGAGCGAUUGGAGCCAGAAAAGUGGCCUUUCUUGGAGUUUUCUUGAUGGGACUUGGACAGAUGCUAAGCGGUUGGGCACUGAAAAGUGUUGCGGCUUUGUUCAUCACGGCAGGAUGUAUCAUGGGAUAUGGAGUCAGUUGCAGCUUUAUGGUUGUCUCCAUAACACCAGCGCAAUAUUUUCGAAAUCGUCGAGGCUUGGCUAACGGUAUCGUAUUUGCUGGAGGAGGCCUUGGAGGCGCUGCGAUCAGCUUGUCCAUGUCUACAAUCGUUGAGAGGCUCGGUCCAGCCUGGGCGUUCAGGCUGAUCGGCAUACUUACGUGCGCAACUGGGUUCCCAGCCGCGUGGUUCAUCAGAGAAAGGACACCCGUUAAGACUGCGACCUUUGUUGAAUGGAGGCUGUUCCGCGAUCCAAAGUUUACCGUGCUCUUUCUGGCUGGAACCGUUGCAACCUUUCCACUCUUCGUCCCUCCCUUCUUCUUACCACUCUACGCGCGUUCAAUUGGUCAAUCCUCACAAGUGGGCGCAGCCCUACUUGCAGCAUUCAACUUUUCCUCAGCUCUAGGCCGGGUUCUCAGUGGCCUACUAAGUGACAAGCUUGGUUCUGUCAAUAGUCUCCUAUUGUCGCUCAUCAUCAGUGCGAUUAGUAUGCUAGUGUUAUGGCCCGUUUCAACUUCCCUCGCACCACUGAUUGUCUUUUUGAUUAUCAACGGGAUGGGCAAUGGAGGAUUCUUCGCCAUUAUGCCGACCGUGGUUGGGAACGUCUUUGGUAGCGCAAGAGUCUCGGUUGCGAUGGGAAUGAUGGUGACAGGUUGGACGGGUGGAUAUCUGCUGGGUGCUCCUAUUGCUGGAUACUUGUUAGAAGCAUAUGGGGGUGAGAAAGGCGGAUUUGAGGCAUACAGACCGGCAAUAUUCUACGCGGGCUCCAUGGCGCUUGGAGCGGCUGGUAUGGUUGCAUAUGUCCGUUUCAGCAUGUCAAGAAAAACCACAGGACAUUACUGA